AUGACUGAAGCUAAUAGCAAUAUUGGGUCGGCUCAUCAGAAUUUACAAGAGAAUGAUAAUGAAAUCGCAUCGCUAAUAGAAUCAGUGAAAAAAUUAUCAAUAUUGAUCAAUGAUAGGGAUACAGAAGUAGUUUGUGAUUCGGUUUCAGAAUGUCCAAUUAUACCUUAUGAGAUUGCGAAAAAAUUGGGUUUGGAAAUAAAUAAAAGUUUACCCGAGAUUACCGAUAAAGUGGUAUCUGAUAUUGUUAAGCAAGUAUCGGGUAAAAAAAUCUGGAUCUCUCUUCACAGAUUACUGGAGAUAGUGAAACCCGAAAUUCAGCAAGAUAUUAUAAACUCGAUAACGAACUCGGAUAUUUCUCGAAGAAAUCAUACACCAUGCAAGGCUAAAAGAAAAAAGAAAUUUUUAAAUGAUACUGCAUCUGAUUCCUCAUCCUCGUCUUCAUCCGAAUAUGGGUCUAUCUCUGAAUGA